AAAAAUACUCGAGUGCCUUAUAAACGAGGAGAGGUGGCUGAGUGGUGGUGUUGGUGUAUAGAUGGUGUUGACUAUGGGCGUCCCACUGAGUGCACUACCAAGUGUGAUCGAUGGAAGUGUUUAAAAACUAACGGUACGUGGUGAGUUUAUUCAAUGUUUUCGCUUACGUGGAAGUUAAUGGACGUGCCAAAGGUCGGGAAGUCGGUGCAGAAGUGACUAUCGAACAAACAUCAAAUAUUCAAAAGUGUUUAAAAAGUUACUUACAUUAAGGGUUGUUCCCCAAAUAACAAAAAAAAGAUAUAAUAAAAUUUAUACAGUUUAAAUAAACAUUUAAGCAAUGCUAACAAACAUGGAUACCAGUGUCUGCGGAGGUGGUGGUGGCGUUGGCGCCUUAGUAAGUCUUAGCAAAUCGGCGCUGACAACACCUUUUUCAAUAAAUGAUAUUUUAACGCGCAAUAAUAACAAUCUAAAUGCGACACAACAACAAGAACAACUAAGACGGCGCCUCUCCGACUCGGAAAUGGCGUUUAAUGCGGAAACGGCCGUCGCAGAAUUGCGUCACAGUCAAACGCGCGAACUUAAAGACACUUUAAAAGUGUCCACAUCUUGCUGCCAUAUCGCGGCGGGUGAUUCCAAUACCUUAAAAUUAAGUGCUUGCUUAGAGAACGCCUCAUCACGCAAUUCAUCAAACAAUCCAAGUCCGAUUUGUGAAAUACGCGCAGCAGUUGCGAAACCUUUUGCGGGUACUCCGCUGUCGGAACGCAGAAGUGGCGGAACGAGUGGAGCGGCACACGUUAAUAGCAGUGAAAAUACCGAUUUCAUGCCAUACUAUAUGACCAACUUAGAUAAUAACAACCAUAGUCAAUAUCAGCUGGCGCGAAAAUUCGGUUAUAUCGGCGGUGGUGGCUUGGCUGGUGGUCGGGAUUGUCCCAUUGACAUGCGACGUUGCAGCAAUAAUGAGUCAGAUUCUGAAUCUUCACCUCCCCCAAUGAUGUCACUUUAUGGUAGCGCCUCCGCGAACGCCGUCAGCAAUGGUUGUGGCAGCGGAGGCAACACUUCACCAUCGCUCCACGACACGGAUACCCUCAACGGUUCGAUGAACCGUAAGAAACGUUCACGUGCCGCCUUCAGUCACGCGCAGGUUUUCGAGCUGGAGCGGCGCUUUGCUCAGCAGCGUUAUUUAAGCGGUCCUGAGCGCGCUGAAAUGGCUAAAAAUUUGCGACUGACAGAAACGCAAGUGAAGAUCUGGUUUCAGAAUCGUCGCUACAAGACAAAACGCAAGCAAAUACAACAACAUGAGGCAGCCUUAAUGAGCGCCGCCACUAAACGUGUGCCCGUACAGGUGUUGGUGCGCGAAGACGGAAGUGGGGCGGCGGCGGCAGCAGCAGCGGCUGCAUAUGCACACAUGUUGCCGGCGCAUGGCAUUGAUCCGGCGCUGCUGCAUAUCUAUCGGCAUCAGUUACAAAUGGCUUAUGGCGUUGGUGUAUCGCUACCUCAGGUACCCUUCCCUUACUUCUAUCCACAGGCGACGAAAAUACCCCAACCCAUCCCUCCGCCAACCAGCCAAGCCGGUAAUUUUGCCGCUCAAGCAACUACAAAUCAUACCAACAACAAUAAUAAUAAUAACAGUUAUGAUAUUACGAAAAAUGCAUUGAACUUUGCUAAAAUGGAACACGGUAUGCGUUACAUACAUUGCUCAUCGGCCUCAUCGUCACCCACCCACGGCAAUGGCGCCCACGGCAGCGGCGACAGUAGUAGUCCAACGCGAUCGUGUUCCAGCCCACCGCCAAUCGUUGAUGCCACUACCAGUGUGUUGACAUCAGCCAUGUCUGUAGACACUGAAAGUUACGCGGAGACGCGCUCGGCAACAACCGAAGAUUGUGACGAGAAUGUUGAAAUAGAUUAAGUUCUUAGAAAAUAUUUAGUAAACAAAGUUGAUGACGACGGUGAUGCUGACGGUGAUGCUGACGUCGAUAUGUGACUAAUGUUAAUGCAUAAUUAGUUUUACGAAAGUGUAACGCAAAAUAGGCAAAUUAUUUGUUUAAGGAAAGAAAUUACCAAAAUUUGUGAUAGUGAAAGUUUUAAUUGGUGUAGCUCCAAUCAAGCAUACGAGUAUGUGUUUGUGUGCAUAUGUAUGUGCAUAUGCAUGCAGUUUAAUGUUUUAUAGUUUAAAAUGCCUGCUUUAGUAGUAGUAAUAAUUAUAUGUGAGA